CUGGCUCUGGAAGACUACUCUCCUGCAGCUGAAACAUGGGCGGCAAAAAUAAGAAACACAAGGCGCCGGGAGCUGCGGCGAUGCGGGCUGCCGUGUCUGCUUCCAGAGCCAGAAGUGCAGAGGCCGGAGCUGUUGGGGAAGCCCAGAGCAAGAAGCCGGUAGCCAGGCCGGCGCCCGCCGUCCCCACCGGCGCCCGGGAGCCCCGUGUCAAGCAAGGUCCAAAAAUUUAUAGUUUUAAUUCGGCAAAUGACUCUGGUGGCUCUGCAAAUAUGGACAAAUCUAUUUUGAAAGUGGUAAUUAACAAUAAACUAGAGCAAAGAAUUAUCGGAGUGAUCAAUGAACAUAAAAAGCAGAACAACAACAGGGGAGCCAUUUCUGGAAGACUGUCUGCCAAAAAGUUACAGGAUUUAUACAUGGCUUUACAAGCAUUUUCCUUUAAGACUAAGGAUAUUGAAGAUGCUAUGACCAAUACACUCUUGCAUGGAGGUGACCUUCAUUCUGCCUUGGAUUGGGCUACUCUUUCACCUCCACUGCAGACGAAAACCAAAAGACAGGAAGAAGACCCUAAAGUUAAGCCAAAAAAGGAAGAAAAAAACAUGGAGGUAAAUAUGAAAGAGUGGAUUUUGAGAUACGCUGAGCAGCAGAACGAAGAGGAAAAGAGCGAGGGUUCUAAAGGCUUAGAGGAGGAAGAUGAGUUUGACCCUAACCAAAGGUACUUGAACCUUGCAGCCAGACUUCUGGACGCAAAGGAGCAAGCAGCUGCCUUCAAACUAGAAAAAAACAAGCAAGGCCAAAAAGAGGCUCAAGAGAGAAUAAGGAAGCUUCAAAGAGAAAUGGAAACUUUAGAAGACCAUCCAAUAUUCAACCCAGCCAUAAAGGUUUCACAUCAACAAAACGAGAGAAAAAAGCCUCCGCUAGCCACAGAAGGCGAAAGGGCUUUAAACCUUAAUUUAUUGGAAAAAUCUGCAGCUGCUACUGAAGAAGAGAAAGGUAAAAAGAAAGACCCUCAUGAUGUAAGAAACUUUGACUACACUGCUCGAAGCUGGACUGGAAAAUCUCCCAAACAAUUUCUUAUUGAUUGGGUCAGGAAGAACCUUCCCAAGAGUCCAAACCCUUCCUUUGAGAAAGUUCCAGUAGGUAGAUACUGGAAAUGUAGGGUAAGGGUCGUCAAGUCUGAAGAUGAUGUACUGGUUGUAUGUCCUACAAUCUUAACAGAGGAUGGCAUGCAAGCUCAGCACCUGGGAGCGACAUUAGCCCUUUAUCGUCUAGUGAAAGGGCAGUCUGUCCAUCAGUUACUCCCUCCCACAUACCGGGAUGUUUGGUUGGAGUGGAGCGAUGAAGAAAAGAAAAAGGAAGAACUCAAUAAAAUGGAAACCAAUAAGCCACGGGAUCUUUUUAUUGCCAAGCUUCUGAGCAAAUUGAAGCAGCAGCAGCAACUGCAGCAACAGCAACAGCAUCCUGAAAAUAAGAAAGAGAGCACUGAGGACCCUGAGGAAUCUUGGGAAAACUUAGUUUCAGAUGAAGAUCUUUCUGCACUGUCCUUGGAGCCCACAAACGCAGAAGACCUGGAGCCUGUUAGAAACCUCUUCAGGAGGCUGCAGAGCACACCCAAGUAUCAGAGACUCCUGAAGGAAAGACAGCAGUUGCCUGUGUUCAAACACCGGGACUCAAUUGUGGAAACUCUUAAGAGGCACCGGGUUGUGGUCGUAGCAGGUGAAACAGGGAGUGGCAAGAGCACCCAGGUACCACAUUUCCUGUUAGAAGACCUGCUUCUUAAUGAGUGUGGAGCAGGGAAAUGUAACAUAGUCUGCACCCAGCCCCGAAGAAUCUCCGCAGUGAGCUUAGCCACCAGGGUGUGCGAGGAGCUGGGUUGUGAGAGUGGACCUGGAGGAAGGAAUUCCUUGUGUGGCUAUCAGAUCCGGAUGGAAUCUCGAGCUAGCGAAUCUACCAGGCUACUGUAUUGUACAACUGGAGUUUUGCUAAGGAAACUUCAAGAAGAUGGUCUUCUGGCUGAUGUGUCUCAUGUCAUUGUCGAUGAGGUCCAUGAGAGAAGUGUCCAGUCAGAUUUCCUGCUCGUUAUCCUGAAGGAGAUUUUGCAGAAACUGGAGGAGGAGGAAGAAGUUACCAUUAAUGUUACAAGUAAAGCUGGGGGAGUCAAGAAGUAUCAGGAAUACAUCCCAGUCCAGAGUGGAGCAAGUACUGAAUUAAAUCCGUUCUACCAAAAAUUCAGCAGCCGUACUCAGCAUGCGAUUCUCUACAUGAACCCUCAUAAAAUCAACCUGGACCUCAUUUUGGAACUUCUUGUAUACUUAGACAAAAGUCCUCAAUUCAGAAAUAUUGAAGGAGCAGUGUUGAUCUUCUUACCUGGCCUUGCUCACAUUAAACAGUUGUAUGAUCUCCUAUCAAAUGACAGAAGAUUUUAUUCUGAGCGAUAUCAAGUUAUAGCUCUGCAUUCUGUUCUCUCAACUCAAGAUCAAGUGGCAGCUUUCAUGCUUCCCCCUCCAGGGAUCAGGAAGAUUGUCUUAGCAACAAACAUUGCAGAGACGGGGAUCACCAUUCCUGAUGUUGUGUUUGUCAUUGACACUGGAAGAACAAAAGAAAAUAAGUACCAUGAAAGCAGCCAGAUGAGUUCUUUGGUGGAGACCUUUGUCAGUAAAGCUAGUGCCCUGCAGCGCCAGGGGAGAGCCGGGAGGGUCCGGGAUGGCUUCUGCUUUCGGCUGUACACAAGAGAAAGAUUUGAAGGUUUUCUGGACUACUCUGUACCUGAAAUCCUGCGCGUGCCCCUGGAGGAGCUAUGCCUUCACAUUAUGAAAUGCGAUCUGGGGUCUCCUGAAGACUUUCUCUCCAAAGCCUUAGAUCCUCCUCAGCUUCAAGUAAUCAGCAAUGCAAUGAAUUUACUCCGGAAAAUUGGAGCCUGUGAACCAAGCGAGCCCAAACUGACUCCACUGGGCCAGCACCUUGCUGCUUUGCCUGUCAGUGUCAAAAUUGGCAAGAUGCUCAUUUUUGGAGCCAUAUUUGGCUGUCUCGAACCAGUGGCAACGCUGGCGGCCGUGAUGACGGAGAAGUCUCCUUUCAUCACACCGAUUGGUCGGAAGGAUGAAGCAGACCUCGCAAAGUCAUCUUUGGCUGUGGCUGAUUCAGACCACCUCACAAUCUACAAUGCAUAUCUAGGGUGGAAGAAAGCACAGCAAGAAGGAGGCUUCCGCUCUGAGGUCUCAUAUUGCCAGAGGAACUUCCUUAACAGAACGUCUCUGUUGACACUAGAGGAUGUGAAGCAGGAGCUAAUGAAGUUGGUGAAAGCAGCAGGAUUUUCAUCCUCUACCAGCUGGGAAGGAAGGAAAGGCCCGCAGACACUCUCUUUUCAGGACAUUGCCCUUCUUAAAGCUGUGCUGGCUGCUGGACUGUACGACAGUGUGGGGAAGAUUAUGUGUACAAAGUCAGUGGACGUAACAGAAAAGCUGGCGUGCAUGGUGGAGACAGCCCAAGGCAAAGCUCAAGUGCACCCAUCCUCAGUAAACCGGGAUCUACAAACCUACGGGUGGCUCUUGUAUCAGGAGAAGGUGAGGUAUGCCAGAGUCUAUCUGAGAGAAACAACCCUCAUCACCCCUUUUCCAGUUUUGCUUUUUGGAGGUGACAUAGAAGUCCAGCACCGAGAGCGGCUUCUGUCUGUAGAUGGCUGGAUCUAUUUUCAGGCCCCAGUAAAGAUAGCUGUCAUUUUUAAGCAGCUAAGAAUUCUCAUUGAUUCUGUUUUAAGAAAAAAACUUGAAAAUCCAAAGAUGUCCCUUGAAAAUGACAAGAUUCUACAGAUCAUUACAGAAUUGAUAAAAACAGAGAAUAAUUGAUACUGGAAUCCACGGUUAUCUGCUUCUAAAAUUAAGAUAAAGAUACAAUCCUGAAAUUAUGUGAAGGUCUGCUAUCCUGUUAAGUAUUUCAUUACCUAAAAUGUUGGUACUAGCCAUUGACCUGAAGAUGGUGGGGAGGGAGAAAGCACAUUCUUUCAACAUGGACUUUUCUAGCUCCUUUGUAAUUUGAUGUUGCUUAAUGUAUUUGCCAUGACAUUUACAAUAAAUUCUUUGGUAUCAAUCAUA